AAUGCUUGUCAGUCACUACCCCGAGCUACUGCUGAUACUCCAACUAUGCCCGCUGCCCCAAGAGCUGUGGCACGUGUACGAUUUCAGAUAUGACACACAAGGUCCCACCAAAAGUUUCCCACACAUGAAUUGCCUCGCAACACCACUCUUUUGUGGCAUCGCGACGUCACAAACACACACCAAAAAUACGCACAUGAACAGCAUGCAGGCCACUGGGACUAUCGACAAGCAGAACGGGCCACUGCACUGCACUGCUGUCAUCUCCCUGUCUUGCCGUCUCGCGACGCGACGCAACGAAAAAGGGGACAAACCGCACAGGACCUGAUUUCUGCCUCUCACUCACUCACCCAUGCACUCACUCACUCACUCACAGUCACAUGACGUAUGUGGCCCUGAUGAACUGGAUGAAGUUGUCGACGUCCUCAAAGGUCGACAGAUAACCCAACGACACACGAACAGAUCUGACACACGCACACACACAUCAACACAGACGAAAAGAUAGAUGGGCGCUUUUCCAUCCUUGCUUACCCGAGUGGUUUGCUGCCGAAUGGGUUUGUGGGGUCGGAGCACGACUCCCGCACGUCACUUGCAUGCUUAAUGUCGUCACUUGACAAACCCAAGUAGUCCUGCACACAACAUGCAGUGAACACACGGGAUGCCCGCCUGCUUUGCACGCCCCCCUGCGUACCUGGCACGCUCCAGGGUUACAGAAGCAUCCCGUCCUCAGGUGUAUCAUAUUGGCAGCAGCCUCCUGCUGCACCUGGCUGAAGCUCACGUAGGAGCCGUCGGGCUUCAUGACGUUGAGGUUGACGAUGCCGCCUGUGGGCAUCUCUCCCCACCGCCCGUAGCGCGAGAUGACAGGGCGGCCGUUGAGGUGCGUGAGGGCGUCGAGCUGCUCCGCCAGGUAGGUGGUCAGCAUCGACACGUGCUGCUCAAUGUACGACAUCCCCACAGCCUGACCAACCGACCACACACCGACCAAGAGGACCAGUGAACCGGUGUCUGAGAGGAUGAGGCCGCUCACUUUGAGUUUGUCGAGUCCGUAUUUGAGUGCGACAACCGACAGGAAUGACACGGUGCCGUCCUCAAAGCGCAGCGAGGGGUUGUCCUUCAUCUUGCACCAACGCGAGUCGCACACUGCCGCGACAACAGUGCCGCCGCCCCAAUACACCUACAGACAGACACCCAAGACACACACAGCAGCACACAUUCAUCUCUGUGUGCAGGGUGGGUGGGAGAGAGUUGGUAUGACUGACCUUGUUGAAUAUUCUUGCGUCGUCAUUCCUGAGCAAGAGAGCGCCGAGACCAGUGGGGUAGCUGAAAGCCAGCGAGCCACCGACCAACACAGGCGGACGAAGAGAGACAUCUGCAGCGUAUGCGCUUCCUCCUCGUGACAUGUCCCGCCCGUACUUACCCGAACAUUUUGUAGAAUGAGAUGGCGAGGAAGUCCGUGUGGUACUCGGUUAGGUCAAAGCGCCUCGUCGGCGCGUAAGCAGCUCCGUCAACCAACACACGCCACCGACACUCAUCGCUCAACCCAUAACUGCAUGUGGACGCGCCACAAUGCGCACAUAUGCGUCAGCCACUUCUCCUGUGCUCCUGUGUUGUGCGCCGCGCCCUUACGUCUGUAUGUCGUUGAUCCAGACGUUGGGGUAGUACAUGCCGGCGAAGUUGUCCUUGGCUGGCAUCGCAAACAGACACUCGACCGUCGCGUUGCUCUGACUCGCAACUGUCGCCUGCACCCGCUCUGCGCUGUGCUUCCUCUCCCAGAGCGUCUGCAUCACCCACUCCUCACUCACGGCACGAAACGUCGCCCCAGCUGCAUAGGCGUACUCUCUGUCAUCCACACCAAACGCACCUCGUGUGCACAUGCGUUCCUGUGUUCAUGUGUGUGAGUGUCUGUGUGUCUUGUCUGUAUGUGGCUGCUGACCUGAUUCCGAGUACCGAGUUGUGGUUGACCCUGACGUAGACGAACUCGCUCCUCGGCGACCAGGGGAAGUCCUCACCCACCAUCUUCAGAGCACCCGUCGCCCCGCUGGUGAAGACCACAGAGUAUUGCUGCGCGUCGGCAUUGAAGAAGUCCAGCAACAGCUCACGAGCCUCCCUCAGCCGCUGAUCUGCACACACACACACACACACACACACACACACAAACACAAACACAAACACACACACACACACACACACGCAUGACCCAUCGGCCCGUUUGUCGCUUUGCAUGUGGUACAAGUUAGCCGCACCAGUGAGGUCAGCGGAAGGGUUUUGGCUGUGCGCGUUGCCGUACGCGUGUGUGUCGAAGUCGUCGUAGAUGGCCUUGAGCUGACUGCUCUGAUACACACCGCUGCCCGUGUAGUCGAGGUAUGUGUGGCCUGCACACAACACAAAACAACACAGCACAACACAACACACCGCUCAAUGCCACAUGUGACACGCAGGGCAGCAGUGGCACAGACCUUCGAAGCGGGCGAGUUCCUUCAUGGCCAGCUCUCGUAUGGUGUCAUUGUACAGGGGAAACCGCACCAUGAAGGACUGCUUCCUCUCCUCCUGCUUUGGCAGACAGUGGGACACCGGAGUCACCGCCUUGAAGCAGGAAGCAACGCCCAAGAGGGCGAAGGCACAAACGGCGACAAGAGAUGACCUUCCGCAUGGCGCUGCUCCCUGCCGACGGCUCGCGCACCGCCUGCAGUCAUGCGCCCGUGUGCAGGGAGGAUAAGCGCCGCUGCGGCGCGAGCAAUUUUGUGCACUGGAUCUGUCGCAGGGACUCAUGCGGACGUCUGGACUGGCC